UCGGACGGAGCGGAUAGUCUAACUGUAGAUGUAAAUUCAACCGAAUGUCUGAACAGUCCGAGUAGGCGAUCGAACACCGAUGAAAGCUGGAGUAUUUGUUCAAGCACACACGUUGAAUUACAGGAAUUAAAUGGCGAAUCGAACGAUGGACCACAGACGCCAAAAGCUGAUUCGACGAAUUUAUCAGACAGAAGCGAUGGUUGGGUGAACUGGGAUGAGUGA